UGAUAAAGGAAAAAGCCAUAGACGGUUGUUCUUCCAUCGGGACCAUCGAUAGCGAAGUGUUUACGAUUGGGAGGACAUUUUAAGAGACACUCGAGAUGAUGGACUAUGACGGAAGCGAAUAUUCUAUACUGUUCGGUAUCCGUCAGGUACCGUGUGAUGAAUAACUCGAGCAAAAGUUUCUUCAGAUGGAUUAUUUCAGAAAUAUUCUGCUGCUGGAAACAACAGAGCGAACUUUCCGAAAACUUGGCCGUGAGCUACACGGAGAUAACGCACUCAAAUACGGCAGACGUGCUGGAACUGCAGCCACUUACGCUGCGGAACUACGUGAACUCACUGGAGCCGUACAAUCCGGAAGUGCACGGCUGGAGGGACACCACGCCACCCGUUAUGCGAUCCGUCAAGCACAGCGAGCGGGCUACACAACUAGUGACAGCCAUUCGCAUGUCAGGGCUACAGGACAUCGAAAUAUUAGGCGUGCCCGAUGGACACAGCUAACGACGGCGUUUGCCGACACCGUCCCGUACGUCCAGACGCCGUCGUGAAUCUUGUACAUACAACACCAUCACCGUACCACGAAAUGUAAUAUUGUUUAUUGAUAAUAAAAUAAUCGUUUUAUCUGUUU